AUGCUGCGAGCUGCGCUGCUGGCGGCUGCGCUGGCUUCUUUGCGGGCGGCGCGACUGGCGAAGCGGAGUGCCAAGGCCGCGGCGGGCGCGGCCAACAACUACGACUUCAUGACGUGGGCGGCGAGCACACGCGGCGGCAUUGGCCGCGAGGCGGCGGAGUGGUUCACCACCGGCUUCGCCGCCAAGGUCGCCCUGGCGCGCUCCGACGGCGAGAAGUGGCGAGUGCGCAACGAGCGCAAGCGCCUCCUGCAGCAGCACUCGGCCAUCAUUGCGAGGCGCAACUGGGAGAUCAUCCAGCGCAACGCGUGGCCGAGGAUGGGCGGCGUGGCGCCGCGAGCGCCGCCAGUCGAGUAG